AUUCCAAUUUUUCUCCGCCAUUAACUUGCCCCUUCCUCCUUCAACCUCCCUAAAUUCUCUGAAACUAUGGCAACUCAGUUCUAGAAUGUUCUAUAACUCAGUCCCUAUAUCUUCUACUUCUUUUACAUGCACAAAAAUGGCUAGUAUUUCUGCUACACUUUCAACUGCAACUUUACCGGAACUCAAAUUUCUAUCUCCAAUUUCGACUUCCAGAAGUUUCCGUUUACCUCUGCGGAGUAGAAUUAAGGCGGCGGGGAAGAGAGAAGAGAACGCGGUGUUGGAGGAGAAGGAUGCGGAAUUGUUGAGGAAAGUGAACGGUAUAGGGAAUGGGAGUGUGAAGAGAAGUGCUGAUUUGAAUGGUGUGUUGCUGGUGGAUAAGUAUAGUAAUGGAAGUGUAGGUACGAUUGAUAGUGAAAAUGAGAGUUUGGUGAAGUAUGUGAAUGGGAAUGGGAAUGGUGUAGCGGGGAAGAGUGUGGAGGAGGUUGUGGAGGUGAAGGCGGAAGAGGUGGUUGAGAAGAGGAAUAAGAAGAGUAUUGAUGAGAUCGGACAAGAGGAGGCUUGGUUUAAGAAGAAUAAGCAAGUUAAGGUCUCUGUACCGCCUGGAGGCCGUUGGAACAGAUUCAAAACAUAUUCAACAAUUCAAAGGACUUUGGAGAUAUGGGGAUCUGUUUUCACUUUCUUAUUUAAGGCUUGGUUGAAUAAUCAAAAGUUCUCCUAUCGAGGUGGAAUGACAGAAGCAAAAAAAACUGAGCGGAGAAAGGUCCUCGCUAAGUGGUUAAAAGAAACUAUUUUGAGAUUGGGUCCUACUUUUAUCAAGAUUGGCCAGCAAUUCUCAACAAGAGUGGAUAUUCUUGCUCAGGAGUAUGUUGAUCAGUUGUCUGAGCUUCAGGACCAAGUUCCUCCUUUCCCAUCCGAAACUGCUGUAUCAAUAGUUGAAGAAGAACUUGGGGGCUCAUUGGAUGAUAUAUUUGAAAGAUUUGACCGUGAACCAAUAGCUGCUGCUAGUCUUGGUCAGGUGCAUCGUGCAAGACUGAAUGGGCAGGAAGUAGUUGUGAAAGUACAAAGGCCCGGUCUUAAGGAUCUUUUUGAUAUCGAUCUUAAAAACCUGAGGGUGAUAGCUGAAUAUCUACAGAAAAUAGAUCCUAAAUCUGAUGGUGCAAAAAGAGAUUGGGUUGCAAUCUAUGAUGAAUGUGCAACUGUCUUGUAUCAGGAGAUUGAUUAUACUAAGGAGGCUGCCAAUGCGGAACUGUUUGCAAGUAACUUCAAAAACAUGGAUUAUGUGAAAGUCCCAUCGAUAUACUGGGAAUAUACCACACCACAGGUUUUGACAAUGGAGUAUGUCCCAGGCAUUAAAAUAAACAGGAUAGAAGCCUUAGAUCAAUUGGGCGUUGAUAGGAAAAGGUUAGGGAGGUAUGCGGUUGAAUCCUAUCUGGAGCAGAUUCUGUCUCAUGGUUUCUUCCAUGCUGAUCCACAUCCUGGAAAUAUAGCUGUGGAUGAUGUUAAUGGUGGAAGGUUGAUCUUUUAUGAUUUUGGAAUGAUGGGAAGCAUAAGUCCUAAUAUCAGAGAAGGCUUGCUGGAAACAUUCUAUGGAGUUUAUGAGAAAGAUCCAGAUAAGGUCCUGCAAGCAAGUAUUCAAAUGGGUAUUCUGGUGCCUACGGGCGACAUGACUGCUGUCAGACGAACUGCACAAUUUUUCCUUAAUAGCUUUGAAGAGCGCCUUGCAGCACAAAGAAAGGAAAGAGAAAUGGCACAAGCAGAACUUGGGUUCAAAAAGCCGUUGACCAAGGAGGAACAAAGAGAGAAGAAGAGGCAACGCUUGGCUGCAAUUGGUGAAGAUCUACUAGCCAUUGCAGCAGAUCAGCCAUUCCGAUUUCCUGCCACAUUCACUUUUGUGGUUAGAGCAUUUUCAGUUUUGGAUGGCAUUGGAAAGGGUCUUGAUCCACGAUUUGAUAUCACUGAGAUAGCCAAACCCUAUGCCCUAGAGUUGCUUAGGUUUCGUGAAGCUGGUAUUGAAGUUCUGGUAAAGGACUUCAGGAAGAGAUGGGACAGACAGUCUCAGGCAUUCUACAACUUGUUCAGGCAGGCUGAUAGAGUUGAGAAACUUGCUGCAAUUAUCCAGCGACUGGAGCAAGGCGACCUUAAGCUUCGGGUCAGAGCUUUAGAAUCUGAAAGGGCUUUCCAACGUGUUUCUGCUGUUCAGAAGACAAUUGGAAGUGCAGUAGCCGCUGGAAGCUUGGUUAACCUAGCUACAAUUUUGUAUCUCAACUCCGUCCGUAUCCCCUCCGUUAUAGCGUACACUGCCUGUGCAUUCUUUGGCUUCCAAGUCCUGUUUGGCCUUCUGAAGGUUAAAAAAUUAGAUGAACGAGAAAGAUUGAUUACUGGAACAGCUUGAACAAAUGUUGGCCAUUGUACAACACAGGCGCACUGUGAGAUCAUAUAUGGGAACUGCUAUUCCAAGGUGUAACCCCGGAAAAACAGAAAUAAUGUGGAGAGGACUUAACGGAUCGUUGAGUAUUCAUAGCACGCCCAUGGCCAAGAGUUGCCAGUUGUCAUUCAGCUUUAAGAUGCAUCAUGUGGUUAGGCUUCCAAUAUGUGGAGGUUAACUUCUAAUUAUGUUGGCGUAACAGAUUGUUGUAUUUGCCCUUCUCCACUAUAGAGCACUCAUGUGAAGUAGUCCAAAUAAGAAAUCUUUCAUGUAGUAUGACACCCAUUUUGACCUUCUAUAGCCUUAGUGUAUAGGUAUACAAAAUCUAGGAGAUAAAUGUAACUAAUGUAGCUUUAUCUACCUUCAACCUUAUUCGUGGAGUUCAAUUCUCUGGAAUUUGUGUAUAAUACAAUGUGAACUUAUAUUUUAUUGUAAAAGCAGUGGCAUACAAGUAUAUGCCAGGGAUCAAAUAUGUCAUUGAGCUAACCCUACUUUGUAUUAGUCCCUUGUAUGUGUAUUAGUAUAUCAUUUGUACUAUUUAGUUUCAAUCGAAAGAAUAUCUUUUUCUUUUUA